UACAAGAGAGUAUUACUUAACAUUGUUCACUGCACUAAACGCAUUGUUUCCCAUUCCUGAUCUAGUCAUCUCCGACUUAGUAUUUGCUCCUAGAACAGAUGAGGAAGCAGCGGCAUAUAUUGACCGCGCUCUUGUCGAAUAUUCUUCAAAAACAGGCCAUUUGCCAACUGACUCUGCUCUGUAUUCUCAAGUAUUUAGAGCAGCAGUGCUGAAGGGCGUUCCCAAGUCUGUGGUGCAAGCCAUGGAGACGAAUACGGACCUUCCCGGAGCAGAUCAUGCUCGCUGGUUGUCACAUCUGAAACAUCACCUGAGGAGACAUGCAAAAGAAAAAGAGUCAAAGCAUGAGAAACACAGAACCACCGAAUCGCAAUUAGCUAUAAUGCAACUACAAAGUCUCAAAAAACAAGAAGAAAAUAUUAAAAUCACACCUGUGGCUUCCGUUGGGGCCUCGCUACCUAAUGUUGUUUCUGAGUGCAUUAUGUAUCAAACAGGGCCAUUCAUGGGUCGAGGUGCUCCGUUUGCUGGCAGAAAUCAAUGCUUCAACUGUGGUCGUAACGGACACUGGGCAAUAGACUGCCGAGCGCGUCCCCUGGAGGGCAGAGGCAGAGGAACAAGGGGCCCGCCUAGAGGAUUCAACAGGCGUGGUUAUGGCCAGCAAAGAGGAAGAGGAUACGGACAGCAACAGCAGCAGGAUAUGACUCAACAAUAUCCGCCGCAGCAGCAGCAGUCUUACCCUCAAGUGCCAAACCAACAGCACCUGCCACCAUCUUGGGGCCAGUAUCCGCAAUGAUGGGGCCCCGAAUCCACAUGCCACGGUCUGCAGGAACCAAUGAUCGGACUGACGGUAGGAGGAACUAUUUUACCUUUUAUGGUCGAUACGGGAGCCAGACAUUCAACCGUUAUAACAUUACCACCUGAAAGUUCCCUUACUGCGAAAGGCAUUUCACUUGUUGGAUUCCGGGGUGAAGAAACCAUCCUGCACAUGACUACACUCGUACAUACUCAGUGUUUUACACAAACUCUUUUACACUCGUUUGUGUAUGCGCCCAAUUGCCCUGUCAACCUGUUGGGAAGGGAUCCUCUCAUCAAAACAGCUCCAACAAUACUGUGCAGCCCGGAUGGACUGAUAUUACAGUUUCCUGAUGGACACACCUACUGUUGUUCCGGUGACGACACAUCAAACAUCUACAUGCAGGACUCAGAGCGACAACUACCAAGCAUGACGUGUGCCACCGCCGACAUCUACUGGGCGAAAAUGGCCACUGACACACCCGGAUGGACGGAAGCAGCGACCUUUUGGACUCAAUGGUCGCCGUGGGUUCGUCACCUCAGACCCUAUGAUAUGGUUUCUGAUUGUAUGCAUUGCACUCUGUACUAUGACAGGACGGGAGAUGAGGUGUACAGCGAGGCUUUCCAAAAUGUAGAAGGCAACAUCUGGGAACUACAAAUGGGUGACCUGUUCGUGGGAAAACCAGGUGGACAGGCCCUCAUAAAGUGACGGAGAGAACAUCGUCUGCUGUCCGCCUACAAGGAAAGGGGGAGACGUGGUACCACCUCACCUCUACACGACCAGCAAAGACCCCGUCUCGACAGAUCAUCAUUGCCGCAAGUACUGACUGCACGUCAACGCCAGACCAGAUCCCAUCCCAGUGACGACAUCACUCAUCAAAGGUUGAGAUCACGGUACACGGGCAGAAUAAUCCCGGUGACUCAACCUAGGACCGGGUAGUCUAACCCCAGGUCCUGAAGAAGCUGACAGCGCUCUUUAGCAACGAUCCUGAAAAAACACCACCCAACAAUGGCCCGCAAAUGGGACAAGGUUUCAAUUUGUUGGUACAUCACAACCCUUUUUAUUGUAUUAACUCUCUUGCCUGUUUGGUAUUUUUGGAUGCCUCUUGGUGUGCCCUCAAACCUAACAACAAUACAGAGAAGUAAGCGAAAACUCGAUUCAGGUCACUCAACUGUACCUAUAUCCCAGUCUGUUCCCUGGAUUUUAGAAUGGACGUACAACCAUUCAAUAACUUUAACAGUGCCACCAAGCACCUCUACCGCCGUUGAAAUACCAAUUACAUCUCUAAAAGGGUUCAGAAACACCGUUCAGAUAACAGGGGAGGCAUGGAGAGGUUAUUGGUGGUAUAUGACAGGAAACGCCCUAGAUUUAAACUGGGAUUCUUUAAUAACCACUCAACAAGGUAACUAUUGGCCAUCGGGAAAGAGCAAAGAAGCUGUCUUUUUCAAAGACAAAGUCACCCUUACCAAACAAGGGGAUCUACUUAAAUUGACCUUUGCUCUCCCCGAUGGUAUAUUGCGUCCACCAAAUGCAACCAUUUUUAAUGUUUCAUGCUGGGGUUUUUUACUCUGGGCCUGGUCAUCAGGACCGGAGCCUCAUUUUCCCGUUGUCAUAUGUGAAAACACUACUAUGGGACAACUCGAUCAGCCAAUAUUAAAUAAUUAUACACGAACUAUCAAGGUGACGGCCAUCAGUGUACCCUUAAAUAGCGUGGAUGGUCUGUUUCGAGUUACCACAGGCGUAACAGGGGACAGCAACAAUUGGCUUUUAUUAACUGAGGAAGCGGCAAAGACUACUAAAGAAAAUUGCGUGGUUUGCAUGGGACCUCGCCCUUUACUCCGGGUGGUCCCUGCCAAUAUUGACACACAAUGUGUUAUGGAAUUGAUGAAUAAAACACUACCCUCACGAAACUGUUCCAAAUGGGACAAAAUACACCCAUUGGUAAGAUGGCAAAAAGAUAAACCUCUGUUUUCAAACCAAGUUGCAAAAGGCAACUUCACCUGUAUUAACAUUACAGGAAACAAUGGCCGAUUGGGAAGGUUAAACCACGCACAACAAUGUCAGUCACUCAUCUUUGUAGGAUCAUCAUUUUGGCCACAAUCCAGGGGCGACAUCUGGUGGUGGUGCGGUGAUGACCGGAUAUUCGACAAACUCCCUUUGAACCAAGCCGGUUACUGUGCUCUGAUUUCUCUCCUGCUGCCAAUAAAGGUCUUUCCAACCACGGUUCAUGUGUUGAUGUAAACUAUUCAAAACUUAGGAUCACAACACUUGUCCCACUUACAAAAAGCCAAACGAUCUACUAGCACAUGGCAAGAUAAGGGGGACCCCACAUACAUUGAUGCGAUUGGCGUACCACGAGGGGUCCCCGAUGAAUAUAAACUUGCAGAUCAGGCAGCCGCAGGAUUUGAAUCCACAAUCUGUUGGUGGUGUACUAUAAAAAAAACACAGAUAGAAUUAAUUACAUACAUUACAAUGUGCAACGCCUAGGUAAUUGGACACAAAGCGGAUUUGAAGCGGUACAUGGUCAACUAGCCGCCACCUCUCUGAUGGCUUUCCAGAAUCGCAUUGCUUUAGAUAUGCUCCUGGCAGAAAAAGGAGGCGUAUGCUCCAUGUUUGGCGAACAAUGUUGCACUUUUAUUCCUAGUAACACAGCUUCUGAUGGCAGCUUAACCUCUGCAAUUGAAGGGCUCAGAACAUUAAACAAAAAGAUGAAGCAAUAUUCCGGGGUAGAUACUUCUAUUUGGGACAAUUGGAUGAGUGUUUUUGGACGUUAUAAGGCUCUGGUAUCUUCUAUUUUUAUUUCUAUUGCUGUGUUUGCUGCUUUUCUCACAAUAUGUGGAUGUUGUUGCAUUCCUUGCUUGCGCUCUCUUAGCCAGCGACUCAUUACAGCAGCUAUCGAAAAGAGAGAUGUUAAUAACCCCGCCCAGAUGAUGCCACUCUUGUCUUCAGGGGAUACCCUGAGAUGCUCGAUGACCCCGCGGGCAUAUUUUUGUAAUGGUACAUUCUCUUACAUGCUGUUUAACAUAUCCUGGUGUCGGACUCUUUCGAGUCCGAAAGGGGGAUUGAAGGCCCUCGCACGUGAUAUACUGAUGUCAUGAUCAUACAUAGACUUAUUUGUGCACUGUUAUGUUGUGUAACUUAACCUCAGUAUUAAAAUGUUCUGAUAAUCACGUAAGUGUGAAAACUACGUCAGCCGCAAAACAGGAUGUUUUGUCGCAAGAAGAGAUAAUGCUGUGACCUUGGAUCCACCCUGCUCAAGCUUUAAACACCGCCCUGAACACUGUAUAUAAUCUCGC